CAAAGACCUCUGGGAUAAGUUCCAUGAGCUUGGCACGGAGAUGAUCAUCACCAAGACUGGCCGACGGAUGUUCCCUACGGUACGAGUGUCUUUCACCGACCUUGACCCCACUGCCCGCUACUGUGUCCUGAUGGACAUCGUGGCCGUGGACAGCAAGCGUUACAGAUACGCCUACCACAGAUCUUCAUGGCUAGUAGCUGGUAAGGCCGACCCACCUCUCCCCGCCCGUCUGCACCUCCACCCAGAUAGCCCCUUCACGGGUGAGCACCUCAUGAAGCAGACGGUCAGCUUCGAGAAGGUCAAGCUGACCAACAACAUGCUGGACAAGAACGGACACAUUAUCCUAAACUCCAUGCACAAGUACCAGCCUCGGGUGCACCUCGUGCUGAAAACGGAAACCACGAAAUUGCCGAUCACCUCCCUUGACGGACAUGACGUCACGACCUUCGUGUUCCCGGAAACCGUGUUCAUAGCCGUGACGGCGUACCAGAACCAACUGAUCACCAAACUGAAGAUCGACAGCAACCCGUUCGCUAAAGGGUUCCGUGACUCCAGUCGACUCACGGAGUUUGACAGGGAAACCAUGGAGUCCCUGCUCCACAACCACUCGUACGCCAGGUCUCCGCUGAGGGCGUUCUCAGAGGCGGAGUUUGAGGAGGCCAUCAAGAAUAGGGACAGUAAAGACCACGCAGCCGCCCUGAGCCUACUCUACAGCUGGCGCAUGCAAUCCGCGGCCCUCUUGCCCGGCCAGCCGCCAGUGCUGACCCCGGCGCCGUACGCCAUGUACGGCAACUUCCUGUCCCACGCCUACCGAGGGAUGGACUCGGCGUCCAGCGCGGCGGACAUGCGCAGUGGCGCGUCCAUGAUGAACGACGUCUUGCUGCGCAGCUCCUUCUACAAGCAGUCCGUGACGUCAUCCCUGGCGGCCGCCUAUCAGCGUGGGCUGUAUCGAUACCACCCGUACAUCGCGCCGGAUCGAGUAAGGUCGCCCGAUACUUAA